AUGAUUGUGAGAGCUGCAGAUAAGAUAAGUUGAAUCAUUAACGCUUCUACACAGCGGAUUAAUGAAUCUGAAGUAGUGUUUUUUUGGGGAAAUCCCCAUUUUUGCUGUGCUGAUGAGCAUGGAAGAUUAUGACUACCUGUUUAAAAUAGUUUUAAUUGGAAAUGCUGGCGUGGGGAAGACCUGCCUAGUAAGGCGGUUCACUCAGGGCCUUUUCCCACCUGGACAAGGAGCCACCAUAGGAGUUGAUUUCAUGAUCAAGACUGUGGACAUUAAAGGGCAAAAAGUGAAGCUGCAGAUCUGGGACACGGCAGGACAGGAGAGGUUCCGGUCCAUAACACAGAGCUACUAUCGCAGUGCCAACGCGCUCAUCCUCACCUAUGACAUCACCUGUGAGGACUCAUUCCGGUGCCUUCCGGAGUGGCUGAGGGAGAUCGAACAGUAUGCCAACAGCAAAGUCGUGACCGUCUUAGUAGGAAAUAAAAUUGACCUGGUGGAGAGAAGGGAGGUUUCGCGUCAGCGCGCUGAAGAGUUUGCCGAAUCCCGCAACAUGCACUACCUGGAAACAUCGGCAAAAGAGUCCGACAACGUGGAGAGGCUCUUCUUGGACCUGGCUUGUGAGCUCAUACGCGAAGCCAAACAGAAUGCGCUGGUCGACAACGAUGCCUCUCAGAUGCCUGGUGAGGGAAAGAGCAUUAGCUACUCGACCUGCUGCAGCUUCAGCUAGUCUGCUCCACCUGCGAAUGUCUGUGAUCGCCAUCCCGCUGUAAGGAGGCGCAGGCAGAAGAGUACUGCUGAUACUGUUCUCUGCUCGAGGGUUUAAGGUGAUCCUGAGCUGCUUCCCCGUUUGGAGUCCCGAUUCUUUCACCAUAACAGGAGCCGUGGGGGCAUACCCAGUGCACACUUUCAAUCCUCUCGGGAAAAGGACGUUAAGAUUCCCCCCUCGACUGCCGACAUGGAGACUGAAUCUCCCUUCGACAAAGUGAGAUGCCAGGCUUUGGCGACAACGCAGCCAUUAACUCAGCUGGAAAAACCCCUUGACGACAGUGAAAAUACUGACUUCCAAGGUGUGCACCAAUGUAUUUCAGGAAUUUCACUGGAGAAUAUAUGCAAAAUCACACCACACUCUCAAAGAGGAUAAGCACCCCACUCUGCUUUUCUGUGGAUUCUGUCUGACAGAAAGAGGGAAAAAAGUAAAUUUUAGGCAAGCCAAUUGUAAAAUAAUUUACCAGCAACUUUAUUAUGAUAGCAACCGCUGCAUUUAUUUUGUUAAUGGGAGCAAGACAUCUCACAAGUAAAUGGGGCAGAAAAUUAGACAAACAAGAGUUUUUAGCUCAUGCCAUAUAUAUCGUGAUAUGUCAUAAAUUUGAAGGAAUAAGCGUGAGAUAGAGAUGUUUUUUUUAUACCAUUCACUGUUCAGCAGGCAAACCAUCCAUGUUUAAUUCCUUUUUAUCCCUGAAUAUCAAGCUUUUCAAAAAGCUGCAUCCAACCAAUUUUGAUUUAUUUGUGCAUUACAGAUUGUGCACAUUAAAGUUAUGUAACUUUGAAGUGAAAAUGUACUUUUAAAGGUCUGUGAUGUUUCUGGGCUUUAAUCAGUGAUAAUGAAAAAAAUUCCAUGUGAAGCCUUUUCCACCUUUCUCUUUAACUUCUGUAUUGAUUGAUGUUCUAGCUGCCCCUUGACCAAGAUGCCUUGUACAAUGCAGUAUUCUCGCCUUGUUAACAAAGCUGUUAUGUCCGCUUAACUGUGGGACUGUGGGAGUUCAACCUUCUCAAAAUUAUUUUAGUUACAGAUAUACACACAUGACUGGUCACAAAAACUAAAGACGCUGUCUUUUGUACACAUCAACAGAUGCCUGAUAAGUUAUUGUGUUAGAAGCAGUCAGAUCUCAAUAGUAAAAUCCAUAUUUUCUUGUUUACAAACACUUUUAAAGUAUUCAUUUUGGUUUUGUAUUUAACAAUGCAUGUUUUAAUGCUUUCCUCAACCCUUCAUGACCAUGCAAUUUGAAAGCACAGAUUGCUUACUCUUACUUUUUAUAUUAAUAUGUAGGGGGGUGAGAAUUUUCAGUGUUGAACAGGACACUCAAUAUUUUCACCUACUGGAACACUUUAAGUAUACUGGUAUCUGAAUAGCAAUCUCACCUGACUUUAGAACUAUUAUUAGGACAGUUUUUGUGGCCUUGACUUAAACAUCAUGAGGUCUUCUGAGAGAUGGGUUUUUUUUAUGCAUUUUCUUAGCAGAUGCCCUUAUCCAGACUGACUUACAGAGCACAUUUUUCAGGUAACUUGUUUAUACAGCUGAAUAUUUAAUGAAACUAUUCAGGUUUAGCACCUGUCCCACCUGAGAACUGACUUGGCAACCUUUGGGGUGCCAAGCCCAACGCUCAGUAAAUUAUUACAUGUCUUAACUGAUUGUGAUAAUUCUCAGUCUGUGCUCCUUCACUUUGAGACUCGCUUUUUUUGGUGGGAAUUUCCCCUUUAACAUAGGGGUACCAAUUGUGCGUCACCAGUGACAGGUCUACAUUUUCAGUUACCCGGAAAUAUUUAACCCCAGUUGACUGACUUGCACACUAAACACUAUUAAUGGUGGGAAAAUAGGUAGUUAUGUAAAGGCUGUGUGGUGAAAAUAAGAAUCACUAAUAGAUAUUAAUGAGUUUGCCAUUUGUUUUCGAUUUAGUUUAGAUGGGUCAGACAAACAGGUAAAAGGUCUGUGUUUUCAUUCACUUCCACUGCUGGUUAGAUAAGGACACACCACUUAAUGUCUGAGUACUUUCUUUUAUAUAACUUCAUAUGCUUUAGUUGAACUUCCCAUACUCUGUCUUUUUCAGUGUUACGUACUCACGGUGAAUCUAAAUACGUAAAUUUCACAUUGCCGUAUGUGUCAUGCUGCUUAAGUUGCAUCAAAGACUGCUAUGAUGUUAUUUUUGUAGGACCAUGUUGAGGCAAUUUAGUAACUGAGACCUAUUGAGUGUCAUUAUUGAAUUAAGCUUUGUGUUUAGGAUUAUUCCUAAAGUAUCAUUACCACAGGAUGUUUGUUUUGAAAACCUAAAAAUGUGAAAACCAUGUGUUCUAUUUUUUUUUUAC